ACCACCAGGUUAACAUGGCGUACCACCGGGUUAACAUGGGGUACCACCGGGUUUACAUGGGGUACCACCGGGUUAACAUGGCGUACCACCGGGUUAACAUGGGGUACCACCGGGUUAACAUGGGGUACCACCGGGUUAACAUGGCGUACCACCGGGUUAACAUGGGGUACCACCGGGUUAACAUGGGGUACCACCGGGUUAACAUGGCGUACCACCAGGUUAACAUGGCGUACCACCAGGUUUACAUGGGGUACCACCGGGUUAACAUGGCGUACCACCGGGUUAACAUGGGGUACCACCGGGUUAACAUGGGGUACCACCGGGUUAACAUGGGGUACCACCGGGUUAACAUGGCGUACCACCAGGUUUACAUGGGGUACCACCGGGUUAACAUGGCGUACCACCGGGUUAACAUGGCGUACCACCGGUACCACCGGGUUAACAUGGGGUACCACCGGGUUAACAUAGCGUACCACCGGGUUUACAUGGUGUACCACCGGGUUAACAUAGCGUACCACCGGGUUUACAUGGUGUACCACCGGGUUAACAUGGGGUACCACCGGGUUAACAUGGGGUACCACCGGGUUUACAUGGUGUGCCACCGGGUUAACAUGGGGUACCACCGGGUUUACAUGGCGUACCACCGGGUUAACAUGGCGUACCACCGGGUUAACAUGGCGUACCACCGGUACCACCGGGUUAACAUGGGGUACCACCGGGUUAACAUAGCGUACCACCGGGUUUACAUGGGGUACCACCGGGUUAACAUGGGGUACCACCGGGUUAACAUGGGGUACCACCGGGUUAACAUAGCGUACCACCGGGUUUACAUGGAGUACCACCGGGUUAACAUGGAGUACCACCGGGUUAACAUGGCGUACCACCGGGUUUACAUGGAGUACCACCGGGUUAACAUGGAGUACCACCGGGUUAACAUGGCGUACCACCGGGUUAACAUGGAGUACCACCGGGUUAACAUGGUGUACCACCGGGUUUACAUGGUGUACCACCGGGUUUACAUGGUGUACCACCGGGUUUACAUGGAGUACCACCGGGUUUACAUGGGGUACCACCGGGUUAACAUAGCGUACCACCGGGUUAACAUGGGGUACCACCGGGUUAACAUGGCGUACCACCGGUACCACCGGGUUUACAUGGGGUACCACCGGGUUAACAUGGCGUACCACCGGGUUUACAUGGAGUACCACCGGGUUAACAUGGCGUACCACCGGUACCACCGGGUUUACAUGGGGUACCACCGGGUUAACAUAGCGUACCCCCGGGUUUACAUGGAGUACCACCGGGUUUACAUGGAGUACCACCGGGUUUACAUGGGGUACCACCGGGUUUACAUGGGGUACCACCGGGUUUACAUGGAGUACCACCGGGUUUACAUGGGGUACCACCGGGUUUACAUGGUGUACCACCGGGUUUACAUGGAGUACCACCGGGUUUACAUGGGGUACCACCGGGUUUACAUGGUGUACCACCGGGUUUACAUGGAGUACCACCGGGUUUACAUGGAGUACCACCGGGUUAACGUGGUGUACCACCGGGUUAACGUGGCGUACCACCGGUACCACCGUGGCGUACCACCGUGGCGUACCACCGGGUUAACGUGGUGUACCACCGGUACCACCGGGUUUACAUGGAGUACCACCGGGUUUACAUGGAGUACCACCGGGUUAACAUGGUGUACCACCGGGUUAACGUGGCGUACCACCGUGGCGUACCACCGUGGCGUACCACCGGGUUAACGUGGUGUACCACCGGGUUAACGUGGCGUACCACGACAGAGUCAACUGUUUAUCAUCUAUCUAUACACUAUGUAUUUAUUUAAAUAUAUAUUUAUACAAAACUAUUAAUGACUCAGGAUCUGUUUACAAGUAUGUAGAGGUGUAUUAUAUAAUGUUAUAUUAUGUUAUCUAUAUUAUUAAUAGUGACAGAGGAGAGGGAGAGAUAUGAUAUAUAAUAUAUAAUAUAACUUGAAUGAGUCGCUGGUCUCUUUUUAGAAAUAAAGUCUGUAAAUAAGCGAGUUGUCAACACUGUGACAGUAGGCAUUUGUGUGUGUGUGUGUGUGUGUGUGUGUGUGGGGUUAUUGUGACGGUGAACUUCCUGUGCUGCUGCUGUGUGACGGCGUUUUGAGUCCAGCUGUGGGUUCCGUUCUUAUUAAAGUGUAAUGUCACUAAAUAAAAAAGCCUUGUAUAUGUUUGUAUUAGUUAACUAAUGAACGCUAAUCAUCAUCAUCAUCAUCAUCAUCACUAACUGUAGCUUGUUCUUCUGUUGGUUGCCAUGGAGCUCCGUCUGUUUGCCUUACCGUCGAUCAGACGCUCCGCUUCAGUUCCUGUAAAGUUUAAACCCGUUUCAUUCUUUUUUAAAGUGCACUGUAUACGAAUGUUUUUCACUCUUAUGUGACCAAAGCUUCCAUUUCUGAUCCAAGAUGGAGAAAUAAAAACAGAUGAUUUAUGAAACGUUAAAGUUCAGCAGCUCUGUAAUCCACCGUGGUCAUCCUGAGACUCAAUAAAACUCUACGGACACUUUUCUUACAAA